GAAUUCAAGGAAUUAUUUAAUUAUAAUAAUUUUUCGUUACUUUAUAAAUUCAAUCAUUGGUUCGACGAAUUUAGUGAGAAUGACUGAAUCAAAUUCGAAUAUUUUAAUGGGCCACGUGGCGAAACGUCUUACACAAGAAGAAAUCGAUCAAAUGAAAGCUCAAAAUUCCCGAAUGGUAUCGGAAUUUCGAGCUAAUCAACUCGAGAAAGAAGCUAAAAAACAUUGGGAUCUUUUUUACAAACGAAAUACAACUAGAUUUUUUAAAGAUCGUCAUUGGACGACGAGAGAAUUCAACGAAUUGUUGGGUUUGGGUUCGAUUGAGAAUGAAAACGUUCUUUUGGAGAUCGGCUGUGGAGUAGGCAAUUUGAUUUAUCCUUUGUUAGAAGAUGGAUUGAAAUUUAAAAAGAUAUUCGCUUGCGAUUUGUCCACGAAUGCUAUAGAAUUGAUGAAGAGUCACUCGUUGUAUGAUUCUGAAAAAAUGAAGGCUUUUCGAACAGAUAUUACAACAGAUAAUUGUUUCUUUGAAGUCGAUUGUCCAGUUAAUGCAGCAACAUUGAUUUUUGUUCUAUCGGCUAUACAUCCUCAAAAAUUUAAAAUAGUUGCGCAAAAUAUUUAUAACGUACUCGAUACCGGAGGAAUAUUGCUUUUUAGAGAUUACGGUUUAUACGAUAUGGCUCAAUUGAGAUUCAAGCCUGGUCAUAAAAUUGCAGAGAAUUUUUAUAUGCGUCAAGAUGGAACGAGGACGUAUUAUUUUUCAAUAGAGGAAAUAUCCGAGCUUUUUAAAUCCGUUGGUUUUGAAAUUUCAACAUGUGAAUACGUACAAAGAAGGACUGUGAAUUUUAAAGAGAAAAUUGACUUUCCUAGAAUUUUCGUACAAGCAAAAUUGAAGAAAGUUUGAGAGAGAUCGUUAUUAUAAAGGGUCUAUGGAUAAUCGGGGGCAACAAACUUGGCUUCGUUAGAAGUUUAAUUCUAAUAAUUUUUUGUCAUUUGAUGGAAGUAUAGUUCAAUAACAUUUCGUGUAUCUUCACAAAUUUUAGUAAUAUCAUGAGGAAUAAUAAUUGAUUUAAUUUUUCUAUCGAUAUUAAACGUAGGAAAGCAAACAUUUAACGAUCGUCAUUACGUGGCUAUUGUAAAACACUUUCCUCUGUAUUUGGCCGAACGCCAAGGUCUCUCCUUUGAACAGUGUAUCUCGCAACACGUGUAUGUAUGCCUUUGUACAUGGGAUGACUAUGGAAUCGUCGAUAGAACACCAUGAUACCUUCCUUGGGAUAUGAAGAAAAAAAAGAAGAAGGGUACAUGUUAAUGUACGCACUAACGUAUUGUUAGCCCAUAGUUUCAUGAGCGUAAACAAUAGAACACCACCACAACGAGUAACAACCCUAUCCUAAAGCGAGGAUACCUUUAUGCU